UCGUCAUCCUCAGAAUAAAUCGUCUCUGUUUGCGGCCCCCUCUCUCUCCCCUUCUGCCCUCUCCACCACUUUCACUUUCUCUCUCUAAAAAAAAACUCUCAGAUUCACUUCCACAUAUAUCUCUAUACACUUCUAUAUAUAUACACACACACACACCUCUCUCUCUGUUUUUUGCCCUAAUUUAAUAUUUUUGGAAUCAAUAAGAUGCAAUCAAAUAACGGUUCGGAUCCGCAACAACAGAACCAGCAGCCUCCGGCGGCGGCGCUGCAGCAGCAGCAGUGGGUGGCGGCGAUGCAGUAUCCGGCGGCGGCUAUGAUAAUGCAGCACCAGAUGAUGCCGCCGCCGCAUUAUCCACCGCACUAUAUGCCUUAUCACCACCACCACUACCACCAUCAAUACCAUCCUCAGCAACAGCAUCAAAAUCAAAAUCAAAAUCAACAAGGAUCCAACGGCGAGAAUAAGACGAUCUGGGUCGGUGAUCUUCAUAAUUGGAUGGACGAGGAUUACCUUCACAGCUGUUUCGCUUCCACCGGCGAGGUCGCCUCCAUUAAGGUUAUUCGCAAUAAGCAGACAGGUUUGUCUGAGGGUUAUGGAUUUGUGGAAUUCUUUUCCCAUGCUGCAGCUGAUAAAGUCCUACAGAAUUAUACUGGAAAAGCAAUGCCUAAUACCGAACAACCUUUCCGUUUGAACUGGGCUACAUUUAGCAUGGGUGAUAAGCGUUCAAAUAAUGGUUCUGAUCUUUCUAUAUUUGUAGGAGAUUUAGCUUCAGAUGUUACUGAUAGCCUAUUACAUGAAACUUUUGCUAGUAAAUAUCCAUCCGUUAAAGCUGCUAAAGUUGUCAUUGAUGCCAAUACUGGUCGUUCAAAAGGUUAUGGUUUUGUAAGGUUUGGAGAUGAGAAUGAAAGGUCACAGGCCAUGACUGAAAUGAAUGGUGAAUAUUGUUCAAGCAGGCCUAUGCGCAUUGGUGCUGCAACACCCAGGAAAUCAUCUGGAUAUCAGCAGCAAUAUUCUUCUCAAGGCGGAUACAUAUCAAAUGGCGCGUCAGCCCAAGGCUCCCAGUCUGAUGGAGAUUCUACGAACACAACUAUAUUUGUUGGAGGGCUUGACCCUAACGUCACGGAUGAAGAUCUUAGGCAGCCUUUCUCUCAGUAUGGUGAGAUAGUUUCUGUAAAAAUUCCAGUUGGUAAAGGCUGUGGGUUUGUACAAUUUGCUAACAGAAAUAAUGCGGAAGAGGCACUGCAGAAAUUGAAUGGUUCAACAAUUGGCAAUCAAACAGUGCGGCUUUCUUGGGGACGAAAUCCAGCAAAUAAGCAGUUGAGAGUUGACUUUGGCUCCCCAUGGAAUGGGGCAUACUAUGGAGGGCAAAUUUAUGACGGCUAUGGAUAUGCUCUGCCACCGCCACAUGAUCCAAGCGUGUAUGCUGCUGCAGCUGCGGCUUAUGGGGCUUAUCCCAUGUAUGGCACCCACCAACAGCAAGUAAGCUGAAUGGCUAUGGCCAAAGAGCGUAUGUGUUAGUUCUAGUGUUGAGAGACAGUCAUGCAUACAAUGGGCUUAUCUUCCAAUUUUCUGUAGUUGGCUUGGUCUGUAGGAUUUUAUCAUCCCCUCCUAGUGUGGAGUGGAACUGAAUUUUGACUACAUGAGGUAGUUUUUCGGUGAUUGGAUUAAUUUUGUUUAGAAAAGCGGGAUUUGACUUGAAACUUCUUGAUCAGAACAAAUGAUCAUGCUUCUAAAAUGGGAAGUGUGUUGUGGCUUCAAAUAAUUGUUAUGGUCAAGUUUGAUGCUAUAAUGGUUACUCAUUAUCCUGAUUCUAUGUGGGCCAAUUUGGGCGUUUGACCAGCUAGGUUGCUCUCUAGAAAAGCUUCUAACGGGGUUAGAACCUGCUGUGAUUUGCGGGCGAGCUUAUUUCAUAAUGUUUUAUUUGGUUGUUA